GCUUAACUCAAGUCAACCUACUUGUGGUUGUGUUUAAAGAGAACGCUAAAUUUGAGAAAUCAGUCUCAAUAUUCGCCAUGUUAUUAUCGUGCUGGUGUCCGUGGCAUUGUUCGAAUUUCAAAUAUUACCUUUUUAAUAUGAAAUUCAAGCGAGUUUUGUUAUUUCGAGACCAUUGGAGUUUAAGCUUUACACCCACAAAAUGUCUUCUUUCGCUUUACAACCUGCAGAACUACAACUUAGUAAAAACAAAUAAUCACUUCGUAUUGUGAGUUUGACCAAUCUCUUUUUGAUGACGUGACAUAACUUAAGCGGCAGUACUUGUUACUUCUACUGCUGCUUCUAGAGCAUCCCUUUUUCUUCCUCUUUUUUUUUUUUGUGUGUGGGUAUGUUCAGUAAAUUUGAGUUUUACAAAGAAAAUCGGAAUGAAAACAGAAAACCAUAUGACUCGGAUAGAACUAGAAGAAAGGCGCUGGAACAUUUCAGUUCCUAUUCGAACAUUCGUUGCUGGAGGACUUGCUGGAUGUGCAGCUAAAACAGUUGUAGCUCCACUGGACAGGGUAAAAAUUUUGCUUCAAGCUCAUAAUCAACACUACAAACAUCUAGGUGUUUUAUCUUCAUUACGUCAGGUCCUGUUCAAGGAAGGUUUUGUUGGACUCUUUAAAGGAAAUGGUGUGCAGAUGCUCAGGAUAUUUCCAUAUGCUGCUAUUCAGUUUUCAACAUUUGAACAAUAUAAAAAGUUUCUCAAACCAUUUUUCUCCAAUCAUCCACAUGUCAAUAAACUUGUGGCAGGCUCUUUAGCAGGUUUAACUGCAGUGUUUGUGACCUACCCACUAGAUGUUGUUCGUUCACGUGUAGCAUUUGAACUUGAGGUGGGAAUGGUUGACACAGUACGAGCAAUGCUUUACUUAGAAGGAGGGCUGCGUAGCUUCUACCGUGGCAUUAUACCGUCUAUGCUGGGAAUGGCUCCCUAUUCAGGCUUAUCCUUUUUCACCUAUGAAGUUAUCAAGUCAUUUUUCCUGGAAUACUUUCCUGACAUCUUGGGAAAGCCAUGUCCGCAGAACACUGGAGGACUUGUUCUGAUUGUGCCAGCAAAGCUUGUAUGUGGUGGCCUUGCAGGUGCUGUUGCCCAGACUAUUUCGUAUCCACUAGAUGUUGUUCGCAGAAGGCUUCAGCUGUCCUCCAUUCUUCCAGAACCACAUAAGUAUAACAGAGGUGGAUGGGUGCAUACAUUGGUAAUGGUGUACCGUGAUGAUGGCAUUUCAAAAGGCCUAUUUCGUGGGAUGACAGUCAACUAUUUGCGCAUCAUGCCUAUGGUGGGUGUAUCUUUCACAGCCUAUGAGACUCUUAAGCAAGCCCUAGGUUUGGAUACUGGCUUUGACAGAUGAUCAUGGCUGUUCAUAAGGAGAACUUUGCAUCAGUUUGUAGUUGUAGCUUGCAGUCAUGAGGCUAAUCAGUUUUUUUCCAGCCUGAAAAACAUUGGAACUUGGCAGUGUCUUAAUCUUAGAUAUGAAAAGUUUUAUAAAAUCACCCAAGUCUAGCACUUUUUUUAAUGUGCUGUGAUUUCUCCUUUGUAGGGUACUUAGUUUACUGUGUCCAAAGAAUGGUGGUGGUUGGCAUUAUCACAAUACUGUAUUUUGCAAGGAAGAAUGUUUCUGUGUACGUGUUCUCAGCUUUUAAGUUUGUAAAAGUUUCCAUCAAGAUGUUUUUCAUCAAGCCAAAUGAUCAGUCAAAAAGAUGUAAGCAAUUUUUCCAUCAGCUGUUAUGCAUAACUUGCUAUAUAUAAGAAAGUGACAUGGCAGCAUAGUGCUAUUCUUGUUGCACUCUGCUGCUCAUUUUUUGUUUUGUGUCGUAAAACAUUUUUUAAGUCAGAUGCAUUUACAGACUGGUGUACAAGGUCUUUGAUAUACUGUUCAGGUUUAAGAAUCAAAAAUGCUUUGUUUCUUAAAAGAGCUAACCUUAGAUUUCUAAUAUAACAACUGUGUGGUUAUUGGCAGAGACAUUCAAUGACUUUUACUGUAAUUGCCAAUGAUAUCCUCAUUAAUCUGUGGAGCUUAUAGCAUACUCUCUCUCUCUCUCUUGAAUCUAGUAAAAUGAUAUGCAGAAAAUUUGCUGUUAUAUUACAAAGUAAUAAAUUUAUGUAUGUAUAUAUAAAUAUAUUUAUUUUUUGGACAGUUUGCUUUUGUAUUGCUUUCUCUAAAUUAUCCAGACAAAAAAAAAUCGCUCAAAAGGACUGUUGAGCAAAACCUCUAAGGAAGAUCAGAUUAUUUCUUUCAUAAAUCAGGAUAUUUUGCAAAGUUUUUUUUUUUUGUAUUUCAUUCCAUGUUUUGGUCUGAAUGUGGUUACAGGAAUUAUUACAAAGACACAAAGGGGAAAAUAAAAACUGGCUUUGCAUAUGGAUCACAGUUGUUUUUUUGUAUAAACUUCCACUAUAGGAGAUAAUUUAUUGAAUUACUGUGCAGGACUGUUGCCUUUCUGAUCUAAAGUUUGUGCUUAUUUGUUAUGCAAUGUUACUGUAAUUCUUUUCUGGAUCAUUCCUGUUUUGAUGAGUUGCUUUUUCAAGGAUUUUUCUCACAGUGUAUUUUCUAUGCACAUGUUAAGAAGUUUACUAUGUGAGUACAAGUUACAUGUCAGUAACAAUAAAAAAUACAAUCUGUGUAGAAGACGAGCAACCCUCCUCCUACCUCCGUUUUGUCCCUUCAGAUUUUUUUUAUAUUUUACCUUAAAGUCCACAUUUUUAUUGCUACCAUUAAGAGGAAGGAGGAGAUGAAGUCCUGGCUAGGUUGCUUCUCAGCAUGCACAAAAAAAUAUAGACAGCACUUCAGGAAACAAACUUUUAAAAGACUUUUUAGCAGUCUCAUUUAACUGCUGCACCUAUCUUCAAUGGGGGAGCAGAUAGCUGAGUGGUUAGAGCGCUUGUGGAAGGUAAGGCACCGAGGGAGAGGGAGAGGA